AUGUUCUGUUUUCCCAGCUUAUCGAGACCGCAUAUUGGCACGAAUUUUGCGGAUUUUGAUGCUUCCAAGGUAACGCUCGCACACAGAAGACGCUCACAUGGAGCUUCAUCACGCACCGUCUAUGCAGUUGCCGAGCGGCCGCUAGACAAAAAGCAGCGACGCCGCGAGAUUAUGCAGAGCGAGAAGUUUAAUCGUCGAGGUUUCGCCUCUACGAAAGAAGAAGCACAAGGAUUGAUGGUUGGAGAGUUCUCAUCGGAACUCUUGAAGGCGCUACGUGAAAGUGCGUACACCCUGGAACGGGACGGCUUGACGGUGCUCCUGGCCAAAGCGUAUGGCUUUUGCUGGGGAGUCGAACGCGCGGUCGCGCUAGCGUUUGAGGCGCGUCGUCAGUUCGCCGACAAGCGGAUCUGGAUCACGAAUGAGAUCAUCCACAAUCCCAAGGUUAAUACGAGACUCAAGGAGAUGGGUAUUUUCUUCGUUCCAGAACAUGUGGAUGAACGGGGCAUGCGGCAUAAGGAUCUGAGCGGCAUCGAGCCGUCGGACGUUGUGAUUUUGCCGGCUUUCGGAGCGACGCUCGACGAAAUGACGUAUCUGGAUCGGUUGGGAUGCCAGAUCGUGGACACAACCUGCCCUUGGGUGAGCAAGGUUUGGAAUGCGCUCGAUAAGCAUCAGAGGGCGCGCUGCACCUCUAUCAUCCAUGGGAAAUGGAAUCAUGAGGAGACCAUAGCAACUGCUUCAUUCGCGGAAACGUAUCUGAUUGUCAAGGACCUUGAGGAGGCGGAAUACGUUUGCAACUACAUUCUUCACGGUGGCGAUAAGGAAGCAUUCCUGAACAGGUUUCAAAAUGCGAUGAGCGCCGGUUUCGAUCCCGAACGAGACCUGAAUGCAGUUGGCAUUGCCAACCAAACCACGAUGAUGAAGAACGAGACCGCUGCUAUCGGGAAGCUCUUUGAGAAAACCAUGAUGCGCAAGUUCGGUCCAACCGAGCUCUCGAAGCACUUUGUGGCGUUCAAUACCAUCUGCGAUGCCACGCAGGAACGCCAAGAUGCGAUGCUAGAGCUGGUUGAGCAGGACCUCGACCUCAUUCUUGUCGUCGGCGGUUUCAAUAGCUCGAACACGAGUCACUUGGUCGAGAUCGCCCAUCAGCGCGGUAUUCCUGUCUACCACGUGGACACCGCCGAGCGCAUUGGACCCGGGAAUCGCAUUGAGUAUCGCGAUGUGCAUGGACAAAUCCAGCGCGCUGAGUACUGGUUGCCCAAGACCGGCAAGCACGGUGGCCACGUGCGCCUCGGUGUGACAUCGGGUGCAUCGACCCCCGAUCGUUAUGUCGAGGAAUGUCUUGAUCGCAUCUUCCUCAUCCACGCCCUCGCAAAGUCAGAGGUAGCCGUCUAA